UUUCCCCGGGAAGACGCUUUGGCGCGGAAUCUGUUGUAUUGCAUCCGCGCUUCUGAGAGAAAGAUAAUCCUUACAUUACCUCACACGAAGUACUUACAUUAAUAACUUAAGUUAAUGGCUCCCGUUUCAAAUUCCGGUAAAGACACUGACGGUGGAGAUUACGAUGCAUCAGACACAUGUGGCAUCGCUUCCUCGCGCUCCAGGCGAGAGAAAAAAGAGAAAGUGGGGCGCAAGUCGGCUUUGGAGCAGCUUAAACGAGCCAAGAAAGGAGAAAAGGUUAAAUAUGAGGUGGAGGAUUUGACCAGCGUGUAUGAAGAGGUGGAUGAAGAACAAUACUCCAAAUUAGUGCGUGAGAGGCAGGAUGAUGAUUGGAUCAUUGAUGACGAUGGGACGGGUUAUGUGGAGGAUGGUAGAGAGAUCUUUGAUGAAGAAUUGGAUGAUGACGCUCUGGAGAAGGCUACAAAAGGUAAAGCAGGUGGAAAGGCAGGAAACUCAAAGAAGAAUGUAAAGAAAAUGGCCGUCAGUAAACCCAACAGCAUUAAAAACAUGUUCAUGAACAGCAAUGUGAAGAAGCCGGCUGAGAAAGAUGUGGAUUUGUCCAAAGAUGAUCUGCUGGGAGAUAUUCUACAGGAUCUGCACUCUGAGAAACCACUUGUGCUCACACCUCCACCAGUAAUCACCUUGAAGAAAAAGAAAACUUUGGGAUCCCCUAUGAAUCCAUUUUCAGUUAAACCACAGGUGCCAAAGGAUUCACCUGAAGUCCAGAAAUCAAAGCCCAGGCCUUCAGUGACACAGGUUCCUCCAGCUGAGUUUUCACCCAGACCUGCUGCUCAAACCACCUCCGGUAAACCAGCUGCCACACAACAGAUAAAGAAACCCAAGAAAGAGGAGCCUAAAGAAGAGGCAGUUGAGUUCGAUGAGAUGGAUUUUGAUGAACCCAUGGAGGCAGAGAACCGGGAAGUGGAGCCGGUGAAUGUAAAUGUGGAGCCUGAGGCCACACCUACUCUUAAAGUGGAACCCAAAACCGAGCCGAAGGAUGAGAUGUUGAUAUCUGGAAUGGUUGGUGGUAUGGGUUGGGAAAAGAUGGAGGAGGCCGACCCCACCGAAAGUCAUGUGGAAGUGCAAGUGGAUGCCAGUCACUUACCUCUGGUGGAGGGACCUGAUGGAGAUAAGGUUUUCCGUUUCUACUGGCUGGAUGCUUUUGAGGACCAGUACAACCAACCUGGUGUGGUGUACCUGUUUGGAAAGGUGUGGAUCGAAUCUGCAAAAGCUUACGUAAGCUGUUGCGUUGCUGUCAAGAAUAUUGAGAGGACAUUGUAUCUUCUGCCCAGAGAACAUAAAGUAAAUCUGGCAACCGGUGAGGUGACAGAAGUUCCAGUAGGAUUGAUGGAUGUGUACCAGGAGUUCAACAGUCUUUCUGAGAGGUUUAAAAUCAUGAAAUUUAAGUCCAAGCCAGUGACCAAGAGCUAUGCCUUUGAAAUGCCAGAUAUUCCCUCACAGAGCGAGUACCUUGAAGUCAGAUACUCUGCUGAGCUUCCUUCAUUGCCAUCUGAGCUGAAAGGCUCAACGUUUUCCCAUGUUUUUGGCACCAACACCUCCAGCUUGGAGCACUUGCUGCUUAACCGGAAGAUCUGUGGACCUUGCUGGCUAGAUGUCAAGACUCCUCAGUUGAGCAAUCAGCCUAUUAGCUGGUGUAAAGUGGAGGCCAUAGCGCAGAAGUGUGAUCUGAUCUCAAUUGUUAAAGACCUGCCACCUCCUCCCCUGGUCGUCAUGUCCAUAAGCCUCAAGACUGUGCAGAACCAAAAGACUCACCAGAAUGAGAUUGUUUCCCUGGCUGCCCUUAUUCAUUAUAGCUUUGCCCUGGACAAAGCUCCACCACGACCACCUUACCAGACCCAUUUCUGUGUGGUGAGCAAACCCAACGACUGUGUCUUCCCAUAUGACUUUAAAGAUGCUGUCAGGAAAAAGAAUGGGAUAGUAGAGAUAGCAGGCACAGAGCGUGCACUAUUGGGCUUCUUUUUGGCCAAGAUGCACAAGAUUGAUCCAGAUGUUUUGGUGGGUCAUGACAUCUUUGGGUUUGACCUGGAAGUGCUCCUGCAGAGGAUUACCGUGUGCAAAGUGCCACACUGGUCCAAGAUCGGCAGGCUAAGAAGAGCCAACAUGCCAAAACUGGGGGGUCGCAGCGGCUUUGCGGAGAAGAGUGCCACUUGUGGGCGCCUGGUGUGUGACAUUGAGAUCUCUGCCAAAGAGCUCAUCCGGUGUAAGAGUUAUCACUUGACUGAGCUGGUGGCCCAGAUCCUGAAGACAGAGAGGGUGGUGGUGCCUCCAGAAAACAUCAGGAACUUCUUUAGUGACUCCCCUCACCUUCUCUACCUUUUGGAGCUCACCUGGAUGGAUGCCAAGCUGAUCCUGCAAAUCAUGUGUGAGCUGAAUGUGCUCCCUUUGGCAAUGCAGAUCACAAACAUCGCUGGUAACAUCAUGUCUCGCACUUUGAUGGGGGGACGUUCGGAGAGGAAUGAGUUCCUACUGCUCCACGCUUUCCAUGAGAGGAACUUCAUUGUUCCAGACAAACAGUUCUACAAGAAGCCACAACAAGAUCCUAGAGAUGAUGAUAUUGAUCCUGGAAAAAGCAAGUCGAACAAAGUGAGGAAGAAGGCAGCGUAUGCUGGAGGUUUGGUGUUGGAGCCAAAAGUUGGUUUCUAUGACAAGUUUAUUUUGCUGUUGGACUUCAACAGUUUGUACCCUUCCAUCAUCCAGGAGUUUAACAUCUGUUUCACAACUGUCGAGAGGGGUGCUACCAACUCGCGCAAGAAAACUCAGGAGGAUGAUGAUAAUGAGAUUCCCGAGUUGCCAGAUCAAAGUCUGGAGAUGGGCAUUCUUCCCAAAGAAAUUCGAAAACUGGUGGAGCGUCGACGUCAGGUCAAACAGCUAAUGAAGCAACAGGACCUCAAUCCUGAUCUUUACAUGCAGUAUGAUAUUAGACAGAAGGCCCUCAAGCUGACGGCUAACAGCAUGUAUGGAUGCCUGGGAUUUUCCUUCAGUCGCUUUUACGCCAAGCCUUUGGCUGCACUGGUCACUCAUAAAGGACGAGAGAUUUUGAUGCACACCAAAGAAAUGGUGCAGAGGAUGAAUCUGGAGGUCAUAUACGGAGAUACUGACUCCAUCAUGAUCAACAGUAACAGCACCAACCUGGAGGAGGUCUUCAAACUGGGAAACAAGGUGAAAAGCGAGGUGAAUAAACUCUAUAAGCUCCUGGAGAUUGACAUCGAUGGGGUAUUUAAAUCCCUUCUGCUGCUGAAGAAGAAGAAAUAUGCGGCACUGAUGGUUGAGCCACAGGGGGAUGGCAAAUACACCACCAAACAGGAACUCAAAGGCCUUGACAUUGUGCGCAGGGACUGGUGUGACCUGGCCAAGGAGUGCGGCAAUUACGUGAUUGGUCAGAUUCUGUCAGAUCAGAGUCGCGACACCAUCGUGGAGAACAUUCAGAAACAUCUGAUUGAGGUUGGAGAGAAGGUCGCCAGUGGCAGUAUCCCACUCAAUAUGUUUGAGAUAAAUAAGGCACUGACAAAGGACCCUCAGGACUACCCCGACAAGAAGAGUCUCCCUCACGUUCACGUUGCCCUCUGGAUCAACUCUCAGGGUGGCAAGAAGGUUAAAGCCGGUGACACGGUGUCUUAUGUCAUCUGUCAGGACGGUUCUAACCUGCCAGCCAGUCAGAGGGCGUACGCUCUGGAACAGCUGCAGAAACAGGAAGGUCUCAGCUUGGACACGCAGUACUACCUGUCCCAGCAGGUGCACCCUGUGGUGGGCCGAAUCUGCGAGCCCAUCGAGGGCAUUGACGCAGUACUUAUUGCAACCUGGCUAGGGCUCGACCCAAGUCACUUUCGAGCCCACCAGCAGCAGCAGAGAGAGGACGAGGGAGACAACUUCCUGGGAGCGCCGGCCCAGCUCACCGACGAGGAGCGCUACCGUGAUUGUGAGAAGUUUACUUUCUCUUGCCCUGACUGCGGUACAGAAAACAUCUAUGACAACGUCUUUGAAGGGACGGGAAGCUCCUUACAGCCUAGUUUGAAGAGUUGCUGUCACGUCCCGUGUGAUGCCAGCCAGUUGGAACAUGGCUUACGGAUAAGCAACAAACUACAACUGGACAUUCGCCGUCAUAUCAGGAAAUACUACAAUGGUUGGCUGCUUUGUGAGGAUCAGGCUUGUCGGAAUCGAACUCGCCGACUGCCCAUUGCCUUCUCGAGGUCCGGCCCGAUCUGCCCUGUCUGUCUCAGAUCCACACUGAGACCAGAGUAUUCUGAGAAAACCCUGUACAACCAGCUGUGCUUCUACAGAUACAUCUUCGAUUGGGAAUACGCCGUCAACAAGGUCCUGCCAGAGGAGGAUAAACGGAUGUUCAAGAAUGGCUGGGAAAGAGAAAGGAAAGUGUACAAAAUGCUGAAGGCUGUAACCGAGAGCACCCUUGCCACCAGCGGAUACUCGGAGGUCAACCUCGCCAAACUCUUCCAGGCUUUUACAAUGCUCAACUGAUGACCAAAGCGUGUUAUCAUAUUUAUGUCACAUCUGGCCUGCUCUUCCCUUCCUGGUUUGGCCCUCGUUGUAAAUACACUUUGUGAUUUUGUAAUCUAUGCUGUUUUCUAGCGUUUUCUUUAUAAUUGUGAUCUGUGGCACCGUUUUUGGGUAUGAUGGAUCGAUGUGAGGUCAGAGGUGACGAACCAACAGUCAAUCUGCAUGUAAUGACCAAGUCUUGAGCACCUGUCUCUUGCAGUAAUCUGUGUUCUUGUGUUCCAUCCUAUUUAGCCUUUGUCCAGGUCUAAUCGAUGAUGAAUCUGUGGUAAAAUGGCCGUGAUAAGGGGCUAAAGACACUCUCAACACAGCCUAGCCCCCCACUUCUCGGUACCACCACACAGGGUUUUUAGGGAUAACAAUCAGGAGUAAUGACGGGCAAGUUCAUGGGGGGCUCGUAGCGAUUUGAAGGGGUCUUAGUUCAGUAAUGACUCCUACUACCCCCUUCAUUUUUAAUGGAACAGCAAUUAGCCAGUGAUACAGAGGUAGUCGGUGAUUUGCUGAGUUUUGAAGGAUUGAACUAUUGUUUGAACUCUUCUCAGUUUGUUAUCAAUUCAAUAUUGCUUUUAUGUGUCAGUGCCUGAAAGCUGACGGUUCCUCAGUAACCUCGCAAUGUUUUUGCUCGUGUGUUUCGCAUUAGACGUCCAUUGUCUUAAUUGUUUUUGAUAUGAAACCUCAAUAAAAGUAUUUCAUAAGACCUUCAUUUUCCAUUUUUUA